CUCUUUCCUUUUCCCCCUCCCUCCCUCCCUCCCCUGGUUUGUGCCCGUAUCUUUCUCGUGGAUUAACUUCAUUCCCGAAUUGUCUCUCUCAUUUUCACUCCUCUCUCGUCCUUGCGUGGUUUUGUCUCUCCUCCCUCUUGACCGAAAAGACUAGAACUUACCCUCUCUAUCUCCAUCUCCCUAAAGGUCCCGGUUGUUUGUCUUCAAUCUGUUAGUCUCCGCUUCUCUUUUCGAACCGGUUCGUCCAAACACAGACCGACUUUAAGUCAGCUCCGCCAGUCACCGACCGGGGACAUGUCAUCCACACCCACUUUUAAGGGAACCGUCAACCACAAAACGGUCGGCAGAGGCAGGCUGCCCGACUUUGAUAGUCACAUUCCUCGCCCUCGUCCGGACACUUCCUCCACCGUACACACCCCGCAAACCGCGUCCAGCGAUAUUGGAAGCAACACCAUGAGUGCCGCCAGCAGUCGACAACGUCAAAACCAGUCCAAGCGCGAUGAGGCGAUUCGGCGUAAAUUGGAGGCCGACCUCAACAAGAAGCGCCAACACACCACCAGAGCAAACCGCUCUCGCAAAGCUCCCCCAGGCACCGUUCUUGCCUUGAAACCCAGCCAGGCUCUGCAGAUCAAGCCCAACACUACCAUUGCUGAGGCCGCCCAGUUGAUGGCUGCCAAGAGAGAAGACUGCGUGCUGGUUACCGAUGACGAUGACCGCAUAUCUGGUAUUUUCACCGCGAAGGAUCUCGCUUUCCGUGUGGUCGGAGCAGGCCACAAGGCGCGUGAAGUCACGGUGGCCGAAAUCAUGACCAAGAACCCUCUUUGCGCCAGGACCGACACAAGCGCCACCGAUGCCCUCGAUCUGAUGGUGCGCAAAGGCUUCCGCCAUUUGCCCGUUAUGGAUGAGAACCAGGACAUCUCUGGUGUGCUCGAUAUCACGAAAUGUUUUUAUGAUGCGAUGGAGAAAUUAGAGCGUGCCUACAGCUCUUCGCGCAAACUCUACGAUGCCUUGGAAGGUGUCCAGACUGAGCUCGGCUCCAGCCAGCCCCAGCAGAUCAUUCAGUACGUCGAAGCCUUGCGACAUAAGAUGUCCGGCCCGACUCUUGAAUCCGUCCUAGACGGUAUGCCUCCGACCACCGUCUCCGUCCGCACGACUGUUAAGGAGGCGGCUGCUUUGAUGAAGGAGCACCACACCACCGCCCUUCUUGUACAAGACCAGGGCUCCAUCACCGGUAUCUUCACGAGCAAGGAUAUUGUGCUGCGUGUCAUUGCCCCGGGCCUUGACCCCGCCACUUGCAGCGUUGUUCGCGUCAUGACUCCCCACCCCGAUUUCGCCCCCAGUGACAUGACUAUCCAAGCUGCGCUUCGAAAAAUGCACGACGGACACUACUUGAACCUGCCUGUUAUGAACGAUGCGGGAGAGAUUGUGGGCAUGGUGGACGUGCUCAAGCUGACAUAUGCUACUCUGGAACAGAUCAAUACCAUGUCAUCGCAAGAUGACGAGGGUCCCGCAUGGAACAAGUUCUGGCUGUCGAUGGACCACGAGUCGGACUCAAUGGUCUCAGGAAGCCAGCAGCCCGCUCAGCGGUCAGUAAUCAGCCCCGAGUCUCCCAAGGCUAGUUAUGACGCCCGAGACAGCGUUCUCCCCAAUGAAUCCGCCUCUCACCACGGUGGGGACGAGCACUCGGAGUAUGCGGAACCACACCAUGCUGAACACAUCUCUUUCCCCUUCAAAUUCAAGGCUCCUAGCGGGCGUGUGCACCGUGUCAAUGUGCUUCCAGCGGCUGGCGUCGCUGAGCUGGUGGCUCAAGUAUCAGCCAAGUUGGGUCCCGAGGUGGAGGCGGUGGGUGGUGCUCCUACCAGCGAGGAUGGAAAGCUCAGCAACACUGGCUAUGCCCUCAGCUAUAUGGACAACGAAGGCGACACAGUUUCGAUCACCACGGAUCAAGAUCUGUCCGAUGCCGUGAGUCUCGCACGUCUAUCGCGUCGAGAAAAGGUCGAUCUGUUUGUGCACGAUCCUAACCAGCCGCCAAUCCCUGCUACGCUGGAUCCUCAUCCUGCUCCGGCCCGUCCUGUCGAAGAAAAGAGCGUGAUUUCUGAGGAGCGAUCCGAGGAGGAGUCACUAGUAGCCAAGCCCCCUCGGGCUCAGUCGUUCCCUGCGCAUCACGCUGAGGAGCAGCUCAUUGCCGGCGUCCCCAACGAGCUGCUGCUGCCCGGAGCGAUUGUGACCUUGGCGGCGGUCAUUGCGGGUGUGUUCAUCCUAGGCCGGGCUACCUCCCGGUGAGUCUCCGAAGUCCUGGUCGCGAACGAAGAUAGCAAGUCAUCUGUAAUUAUGUCUCUUUACCUUUCUGACCGUCUAAUGUUUGUCCCGGCCCAUCUCGUAUCCGUGUAACUCUAACGGCGAUUGUUUUGGUGUUCUCUUUUCCUGUGGUUUUUCAUCUCUUAUAUGGAGGCAGUGCUCAGUGCGAUGGUGCCUUGUUCAAAUAGCGCUAUGCUGGAAGACAGUGCAUAGAUUAGAUUCUCUUGGCUUAUGUUCAUCGGAAAGAUCUUUAGCUUGGGGGAACCUGCACUAUUGAGGCGAAGCAAGACGAGGUAAAGCUUGAUUGCUGUCUGAGGAAUGUGAAUGCAGCUAGAGUAGUUUUGCGCUGAUCUACCGAAUGCUGAGCAAUGGGCAAAAUGGGGAAACCAGGCUUUGUCCGGACUGGGACUAGCUCAAUCAAUGGCUG